AUGAGUGGGACUGAGUUGGAAUGGCGUAAUGCGAACGCAUCCCAGGCUCACUAUGAGCAUAUGCAAGUGUUCUGUUUGCGUGGUGAAAGUGGUCAUUUGGGCAUUUGGAGGUAUGCGAAUCUUGUUGAAAGUAACGCAAAUUUGAAUGAGUUUGCAAAACGAAGACUACUCGAUGGUGAGUCUUAUAUACUUCCGAGUGAAGGUGUCCGCGCACUCAAACAAAAAUGUUUUAUUUGUGCAACCUAA